AUGGAUCAAAGAGCUGAUGCGAGCGCUACCGCUGCCAUCCGUAAACCUUCUGGCGCUCUGAGCAAGUGCUGUGGCAACUCUCAGGAUCGGCUGCUUGUUGUCGCUGUCGAUGAAGCGAGAUCACUUCUGCGCAAGUGCGAUUUCAACGGAGACUCGUGCCACCGACGCGUGCGCAGAGCUCUGAAGAGGGCGAACGAAACUCUGUUCAAGCAGAACUCCCGUGGUGGCAUCUUUAUGGUACUUGUCGACACGAACUCGAGCGUACACAAUGUAUUUCCUUCGAUGAAGUCAGACCCCUCCUCCCGAGUUAUCGCGCCGGAGGCGGGGAUGGCACUAAUUCCCGCGUUUGUACUGACGCACACGAUGGAUGUGUUUCGACAAAGCUUAGAAUCCGCUACACGCUCAUACAGGACCAAUGUUACCAGUGAUGACUCAACGGAGCAAUGGAACGCGCUUUUGUCGAUGGGGCGCCCACUUUGGAAAUCAUCUAUAAAGCCGGAUACCCACGUCCAGUUCCAGCACAAAGCGAUCUCCGACCUCGCAGCUACCAAGUUUUUGAUGGGCCGACCCAUGAAUGUCGACGAGAGCUACAACAAGGACACACGGUACGGCGUCGCCGCACUGCUGCGCCGACUCGGACUCCGUCCUCACCCCAAAACCGAUCUAGCAACGCGCGCGGUGGCCGAUUUCAUGAGCGUCCUCAGCUACAUAUCCUACACGAACGACAGUCAUAUCACGGGCUACCCGUCGGAACCUGUUUUAGCGUUUGGCGCGGCACGUCUGUGGUAUCAGCUGAAGUCGAAAUCGCUGGAGAAGCAUCUUUUACCUGCUUUCGAGGAAAUGGUCAUGCAAUGGGUCGUGGAAACGGGUGAUAUCGGCGAGGUCGCGGCGCAUAUCUUCCUUUUACCAGCAAUGGAUGCGACUACUAUGCGUACGCACAAUGGCGAAGGGAAUUCGGAGCAGAAUUCGUGUUCGCAGGCCAAUUUUGCACAGUGA